GCCGGCGCCGCGGAGCGUCGUAGGCUGACGCGAAUGACGCGGCGUCCGCCAGGCCGCAGCGCGGCCACCGCACUACCUGGCCCGCCCCCGGCCCUCCCCGUCCGGCCUCCCGAGCGCCCCUGUCAGAUAGUGGCGGCCAGCCGCACCGUGCGCUCCUUCCCUGCAGCCCGGGCUAGGUGGAUUGCGCGCCGGCACACCCCCCAGUCCCCAACACACACACCCACGUCCCUCCGGCGCCGCUUCCUCUGCGGGGAUCGUCACAGCUCCACUCUGUCAGCCGCCGCCGCACGCCCGCGGGACAUGGCACACGCGCCGGCAUGCUGCCCCAGCGCCCGGGGCUCCGGGGACGGUGAGAUGGGCAAGUCUAGGAAGGUGGCGCUCAUCACUGGCAUCACGGGCCAGGAUGGCUCCUACUUGGCUGAGUUCCUGCUGGAGAAAGGCUAUGAGGUCCAUGGAAUUGUGCGGCGAUCCAGUUCCUUCAAUACAGGUAGAAUUGAACAUCUGUAUAAGAACCCGCAGGCUCAUACUGAAGGAAACAUGAAGCUGCACUAUGGUGAUCUCACCGACAGUACUUGCCUUGUGAAGAUCAUUAAUGAAGUAAAGCCUUCAGAGAUCUACAACCUUGGAGCCCAGAGCCAUGUCAAAGGUAAUGUCAUUCAGGGAAACAUUUUCCCUAUCCUGUGUAUUUUUCUUGAUCUGCUCUCCUGCGAUUUAGUACCACAGACUAAAUCUCUGUGUCGCAGAAUUGAUUCCAAAGAUUACGUCUUUAGUUUUGGAUUUUAUGUUCCAUUUCAUAGAGGAGCUAAUUUUGUUACUCGGAAAAUUAGCCGGUCAGUAGCUAAGAUUUACCUUGGACAACUGGAAUGUUUCAGUUUGGGGAAUCUAGAUGCCAAACGAGAUUGGGGCCAUGCCAAGGACUAUGUAGAGGCUAUGUGGUUGAUGUUGCAGACUGAUGAGCCAGAGGAUUUUGUCAUAGCUACUGGGGAAGUUCAUAGUGUCCGGGAGUUUGUAGAGAAAUCAUUUUCACACAUUGGAAAAACCAUUGUGUGGGAAGGAAAGAAUGAAAAUGAAGUGGGCAGAUGUAAAGAGACCGGCAAAGUUCACGUGACUGUGGAUCUCAAGUACUACCGACCAACUGAAGUGGACUUUCUGCAAGGAGACUGCACCAAAGCGAAACAGAAGCUCAACUGGAAGCCCCGGGUCGCUUUUGAUGAGCUGGUAAGGGAGAUGGUGGACGCCGACGUGGAGCUCAUGAGGAACAACCCCAACGCCUGAGCACCCCCUUCCAGCCUGUGGCCCCCGCCUGGAUGGGUUGACUUCGGGCUACAGGGGUGACCCUGGGAGGGGCCGCAGGAUUCCGGAGGGAUCCCAGCGACCCUGGCCGCCUCUGCGCCCGGUUCCCUCCCACAGGAUUUGGGGCCGCAGAGCUUUGUAGCAGCCGGGACUGGCACCUCCGGGCCGCUUUUCUUUGGUCGAGGCCUUCCUUCUCUUAACGGUUUUGUGAAAUCAACAAGAUGUUUUAAUCACGGGUUCUCUGUACUUGAAAUGAUGUCUUUAGACAACCGGAAUUGUGAGGCUUUCAAAUUGUUUUUCCCUUUUUUAUUAAAAAUCGCCUUUCUAUAAAUGAGC